AUGUGGAAGAGGCUGAUUGUGCUAUUAAGCGUUAGCAGCUUUGCGAGCAAUGUCGAUGGUCAAAGACUUGCAGUGGAAAUGUGCAAUCAGUACCAGCAGGACUGCAGUAAACCAAGACUGCGACGGGUGGUUUCGGGAGGUGAACAAGCACGAUAUGGCGAGUUCCCGCAUCAUGCCUUGCUGGGCUACCUCAAGACCGAUUUAGAACACGAAUAUGAUUUUUUUUGUGGCGGAACGCUUAUCAGUGAUCGACACGUGCUGACCGCUGCUCAUUGCUUCGCUACGGAAUACCCAUCAGUUGCUCGUCUUGAGGAGUACCACAUAAAGAUCAAGACGGAACAUGUCAACGAUAUUCCUAUUGAAGGGUACUUGAGGCAUCCUGAGCACAAGUUUGGAAAAGUCUACCACGAUAUUGCACUAGUGAAGCUGGAACACCGGGUGUAUUUUACUCCAUCCAUUCGUCCAGCAUGUCUUUGGGACUCGGAGAUCCGCAACAAUGCCGUGUUCGUUGCCCUCGGAUUUGGUUACACUGGCAUGUAUGGGGAUCGCUCCGCAAAAAUGAUGAAGGUUGCGUUGCAAAAGUUUCCAAAAGAAGAUUGCGCUAAAAGAUUGGACAUAUUUGACCGUUUCGAUCGUGGCAUAACCAAUGGUCUAUUGUGCGUCGGUAGCAACUAUAGCAAACGUGACACUUGCGAGGGAGACUCUGGCGGUCCUCUGCAGUUCCCGAAUCCAAGAACCUGCAUAUUUCACGUUGUUGGUAUCAUUUCCACCGGACUGAAAGGAUGUGGGAUUGGGAAGUCGAGAGCAGUUUACACCAAGGUUUCACAUUACCUCGAUUGGAUUGAAGACAACGUUUGGGGACCCAAUGCGAAUUCAACUGAUACUUAUGAAGCAGUUCCGAAACAGAAAUUUCAAACGAAAUGA